GAACUGAUAACAGAAAGAGAAGGGGAAGAACGUGAAGAACGUGAACCAUCCGUGUUUAGAUACUUCUUCCAAUAUAAAAGGAAAGGGUGGUGUAUGGAUGCUACUAGUGAAUUAGAUGUUGGGCCUCGGCUAGGUCGUCUGGUGAACCACGGUGGUAAAGGUAGAAAUUGUGUUAUGAAAACCCUGGAGUUCAACAAAAGGCCAUAUCUUUGCUUGUUUGCUGCUAAAGAUAUUCCACAAGGUGAAGAGUUACUGUAUGAUUACGGCAUUAAGGAUUUGCCUUGGGAGAGAAAAGCUGACACAGAAUUGGUGGCCGCUACUGACAAUCUGGAGAACAUGCUGGAGGCCCAGACUACAGACAAUCUGAAGAACAUGAAGGAGGCCCAGACUACAGACAAUCUGGACAACACGCUGGAGGCCCAGACUACAGAUAAUCUGGAGAACAUGCUGGAGGCCCAGACUACAGACAAUCUGGAGAACAUGCAGGAGGCCCAGACUACAGAUAAUCUGGACGAAAUGCUGGAGGCCCAGACUACAGAUAAUCUGGAGAACAUGCAGGAGGCCCAGACUACAGACAAUCUGGAGAACACACUGGAGGCCCAGACUACAGACAAUCUGGAGAACAUGCUGGAGGCAGAGGCUACAGACAAUCUGGAGAACAUGCAGGAGGCCCAGACUACAGAUAAUCUGGACGAAAUGCUGGAGGCCCAGACUACAGAUAAUCUGGAGAACAUGCAGGAGGCCCAGACUACAGACAAUCUGGACAACACACUGGAGGCCCAGACUACAGACAAUCUGGAGAACAUGCUGGAGGCAGAGGCUACAGACAAUCUGGAGAACAUGCAGGAGGCCCAGACUACAGAUAAUCUGGACGAAAUGCUGGAAGCCCAGACUACAGAUAAUCUGGAGAACAUGAAGGAGGCCCAGACUACAGAUAAUCUGGAGAACAUGCUGGAGGGCCAGACUACAGAUAUUCUGGAGAACAUGCUGGAGACCCAGACUACAGAUAAUCUGGAGAACAUGCUGGAGGCCCAGACUACAGACAAUCUGGAGAACAUACAGGAGGCCCAGACUACAGAUAAUCUGGAGAACCCGCUGGAGACCCAGACUACAUAUAAUCUGGAGAACAUGCUGGAGGCCCAGACUACAGACAAUCUGGAGAACAUGCUGGAGGCCCAGACUACAGACAAUCUGGAGUUAAUUCUGGAGGCCCAGACUACAGACAAUCUGGAAAACGUGCGGGAUGCCCAGACUAUAGACAAUCUGGAGAACAUGCUGGAGACCCAGACUACAGACAAUCUGGAGAACAUGCUGGAGAUCCAGACUACAGACAAUCUGGACGAAAUGCUGGAGAUCCAGACUACAGACAAUCUGGACGAAAUGCUGGAGGUCCAGACUAAAGACAAUCUGGAGAACACGCUGGAGGCUCAGACUACAGACAAUCUGGAGAACAUACUGGAGGCCCAGACUACAGACAAUCUGGACGAAAUGCUGGAGGCCCAGACUACAGAUAAUCUGGAGAACAUGCUGGAGGCCCAGACUACAGAUAAUCUGGGCAACAUGCUGGAGGCCCAGACUACAGAUAAUCUGGGCAACAUGCUGAAGACACAGAUUAUGACUGAGGAGCAGGUACACCCCAGCAAGAUACAGGACCAGAUCUCCGGUAAUAAUGCCCUGAUGAAGGAGAUGGCUGUGCGACUUACCAGCCUUAAGUCUAUACAGACAGCUGCAGAGGAGCUGAUCAAACAAGCCACUGAUUUGCAGGAUGGUGAUGCGAAAGAUAUUCCUCAUGGCACCAACAAGUUCUGGGAUGAACUGCAACAGUUGACACAUACGCUGAAGCACAUGUCUGACAGGCUUGGCAAUCAGGAGCCCACGGUGGAGCCCACGGUGGAGCCCAGCCUCAUCCGGGAACAGCAGGAAACACUAGAGGUGAGUGUCCAGUGCUGGCACUGUAGACUCAUAUAUUUUUGUGUUGGUUUAAUUUACAUGCUCCGAUAA